AUGGAGCUCCUUGUGAAGGAGAAGCUGCUGUGGGGUGCCGGGAAGGGGGAGAGGGGGGGGAACGGGCUCGGCGCGUCGGGGCAGCGAUGUGGGUCGCGCUGCUUAUAUGAGCUUUUUUUUUUGGGAACUUAUUUUUUCCUGGGGGCGAACGCUUCGGGACCCCCGGACCUGAACUUGCUGCACCCGCAGCCGACACCUACCACGGCCGAGAGGGAGCUACUUCGGUAUUCGCCAUGGGACUUCCAUGAGGAGGGGGGAAGGGUCAGCGUGGCCGUGGGCGCCCCACGCGCCAACACGUCGCAGCCCGUCCGUGAGCCCGGAGCCGUGUUCCUGUGCCGGUACCCGCCGGGACACGGCGCGUGUCGGGUGAUGGAGUUCGACAGCGACGGUGACCAGCAGGAGCUCCAUCCCGGGCUGGAGCUGCGGCUGCACAAAGCCGGGCAGUGGAUGGGGGCGGCGCUGCUCAGCCGGGCCGGGACGCUGCUGAUACUGGGGAUAAUGGGGGUUAUAUGGGGGUGGUGUGGGACCGACGCCGCUAUGGGGCAGGUGGAGAUCUUCAGUGCGGGGCUGUCACUGCGCCGGCUGCACGGCAUCCCCGGUGAGCAGGUGGCCUCCUACUUCGGGCACACGGUGGCUGUGACCGACAUCAACGGGGAUGGGAGGGACGACGUCCUGGUGGGGGCUCCGCUGUUCGUGGAGCGCCGCUCGGCCGGGAAGCAGCGCGAGGUGGGGCGGCUCUACGUCUACAUGGGCGGCUCCGGGCGGUGGUGGCAGCGCCCCCUGCAGGUGGUGACGGGAACUGAACCCUAUGGACGGUUCGCCGCCGCCAUCGCCCCGAUGGGGGAUUUGGACGGGGACGGAUGUGGAGACGUUGCCGUUGGGGUCCCAUUUGGGGGCAGUGGGUCGGUUCUGAUCUUCCUGGGCCGUGGCUCCGGUCUGACCCCGAUUCCAUCCCAGCGGCUGCUCAGCCCCUUCCCUGGUCCGGCCGCGUUCGGUUUCUCACUUCGGGCCGGUUCCGACAUCGACGGUAACGGGCACCCAGAUCUGCUGGUCGGAGCCUACGGGGUGUCCAAGCUGGCCGUGUACCGGACGAGGCCCGUUGUGAUGGUCCGGGCGCAGCUCAACGUCCCCACAGCGAUGGACCCACAAGUGACAGAGUGCAGCCUGAACGGGACCCACAGCAGGGUGACGUGGGACAGCACUAUGGGGACACGCUAUGGGACCCACUCACUGCUCAUUCCCCGCAGUCAGAACAGCCGCCCCAUCACCGUGGCCGUCUCGGUCCCCGUGGAGGCGCACGCGGAGCUGGAGCUGCGGGGCAUGUCGCUGCCCGCCACCGCGCUGCUGCCCACCGAAUGGAGCCAGGAUGGGGACGACAACCAGACGGAGCAUCGCGGGGUGCGGGUGGAGCACGUCUACCAGCUGCACAAUAAGGGACCGGGCACCGUCACCAACGUCACCAUGAACAUCCGCGUCCCUGUCGUUGUCGGUGGCCGCGUGUGGAUCCACGUGGUGGAGAUCGGAACCGAGGGAGGGAUCGAGUGUGGGACGAACCCGGAACCGGACAAUGAGGAGGGGACACAACCAGAACCAGAACCAGAACCAGAACCAGAACCAGAACCAGAACCUGAACCAGAACCAGAACCAGAACCUGAACCCCACGAUGUGGGGCGACACAAUGGGACGCAGCGAUGGGAUGAGGAGGGGAGCGUCAGUGUGCACUGUGGCAAUACCAGCUGCGUGGCGGUGCGGUGCCAUGCGGGGAUCAUGGCGCAGGGACAGCGCGUGUUGGUGGCCGUCCAUGUGCUGCUCCGGAUGGACCCCGAGCGGCAGGUAACGGCACCGCGGGGACACGGGGACACCAUGGGGUCACCACCAGGNAUGGGCGCUGUGGGGUCACCGCGUCCCCUCCUGCAGGUGGGAUUCUUCAAGAGGACGCGGCCACCAGCAGAGGGGGAGAUUGGGGAGGGGGCAGCGGGACAGGGACAGAGCCCAGAGCAGGGGGGGGAGCAGGGGUAGAGGUGGGACCCCACACCCUGCCCUCCCCCCACCUCCCCAUGUCCCAGUCCCCCUCCAUGUACCCCCAUGUGGCUUCCCAAUGUCCCCAGCA